GAUUGGGAGCCGACCAAAGCGAAAUGGAGUUUGCAAGAAGACCCGUGACGGCAACUAUGCCAGGAGCUCCUCCUCAAUCUCCCCGGCCCAGAGAGGUGGAUUGUCGCUCUUUCCCAAGGGGUCAGGCGGUCGAAACAGUCUCGUGAAACCAGCAUCGGAGCAGAUGCCGGAGGGCAGAGCAGGAGCCACGUUCGGAGAAGCCCUCGGAGACAGCACACAAGUCCAGAGCGCGGACCGCAUCAUUCACGCCAUCGACGGUCUGAGAAGAGCACAGGAUGACGACAAAAACCUCACGAAAGGGACCUUGAGUUCUAUCAAAGAGGCGGAGAAGAUGGACGUCUUCCUGGCACGAGGCUGUGGCACCCUGACCGUUGAACUCGCACCGGGAGUGUACGGGAAGGAACUUUUCCACGCGGGGAAAAGGGUGGCAAAUCACGCUCGCCAUAUGCUGCACUUGAUCAAAUGGCCGGUGCCGAUGACCAACAGGGUCCUACUUGGCAUCGCUGGUCUGUGGUGGGGUGGCAAAGACACCUAUACCUUGCACGCAAGUGACUGCGUUACCGCUCGGUCCGAGCAGUUGGACAGUUGGAAUCCGUCCUCCGACAACAAGAUCGAAAAUCGCAUGAGACCACCAGGAGUCUUCAACACUUGGCUCAGGUAUGCGGAAAACUCAGUUCGCGUGUUUGGAUCCUGCUAUGGUACAGAGCAUAUCCAAGAAAGGCUCGAUUGUCUCCAAGCCCUGAAGGAGGCCCAUGAAGAAGACGAGCAUGCCUUCCCAGCUGCUUACUGCAUCGAGCUCUUUGAGGAACUUGUCGCGGCUUGGUGCGAAGAACUGCGAGAAAGCAGAAGGAAACUCUGCUCUCUGCUGGGGACCGAAAAUCCACGGCUUGAAGACCUGAAGCUGCUAGCUUUGGCGCCGGGAGCGGAUGGGCAAGCAAACUUCCAGUUUCCAAGCAUAUGGGAUCUGGGCGACCCGAACGGAUAUUACCAGACAGUUGUGGUACCCAGGCAGCAAAGGCAAAUGUCGAGGCUGCUCCACAAGCAGCUGCACGACCACAACCUCAAGCAGAAGAAGACAGCUGGUCCAGCUGAAGAUGAAGAGCCAAGGACAGGGAAAGCCCCAAAGCUUAACCUGAAAGACAAAGAGGCCGAUGGAUAUGCGGGCGGCAGCAUGAAAUCAGCCUACCCAGCUGGAAAACGGCUUGCACAAGGAGAAGCUUCACGGUCCGUGGAGCACGCACCUAAGGAUCCCAAGACCAACAAACCUAUCUGCUGGGAUGCGGCCACACACAUGGGAUGCACAAGAGGCGACAAGUGCCAGCACGCGCACGAGCCUUUGCCGGGAUUGGCCAAACUUGACUACACAGUUGCCAUGCAGGUCAUUCGAAGAGGAGGACUCAAAGGUGGGCCGAAAAUCGAUCCCAAAGAGGUCGACGGAAGGGUCGCUCAGCUGCGAACCCAGGCAGCGGCGGAUAAGGCCGACAAGAUCCAACCUAGCAAGAAAGCGAAAGUCAAGCCCAAGCCAAAGGCCAAAGCUGGGAAGGAAGCUGAGGGUAAAGCUGAAGAAGACAAGGCGGUUCAGGGCCCAGAUGAGGGCUGGCUGCGAAUACCCUCACAACCCACUGAGCAAGAAGCCGCUCCGGCUUGGGAUGACCAGAGCCAAGAGGAGCGGGAAAGGCUGAAACGAUGGAAGUCGCUGGAGGAGAAAGGGGUUCUGGCGGCCUUGGAGUCGCCCACGGAUUAUCUUAGGUCCCAUGUGAUUGCACGCAUGAUGGCAGCACAAGAUGAAGGAUAUGAACUGGAGCUGAACCGGUGUCUCGAAGAUGCGGCAGAACAUGGACAUCCCGCGCUCUCUAAGGAAGCCGGACGUCAACUUGAGCUCCUCAAGCACGAGCCAAAAGCGGGUCACCAAGCGGAUGUCGAAUUUACGCCCAUCACAUGGGACGAGGGUAUUGGUCAUGGCCUGUUGAACUUUCAAGGAAACUUGUCGCAUAUCGGCUCAGUCACGGUCCGUGACUACCAGGAUCGCUUGAACGCAAAAGACAGCGAGGUCCCACUGCAAGACGGGCAGUUGGAAGAAGAGCGCCAAUGCCUGCUUCUUCAUGUGGGUGUCGGGUUAGCGUUGGCCGAUGAUCCAUCUGUAGAACUACGAGAGGCCGUAGCCAGAGCCAACCAGUUGAGAAAACAUCUCUGGGAUGAAGCAGUGGAGGCUCACGCACACCUUGGCGAUCCGCCAGCGUGGAUACCUGAGGGCGAGCACUUCUUGCGUCAAAACGUCCAUGAUUGCCUCUAUCCUCACCACGAGAAAGACUACCGCGCCUUGCAAACCCUCACAGGAUCCAUGCUGCAAGGAUACACGUUGGCGGUCCUCAGGAUUUCCUAUUUUGGUCGGUUGGAGGUCGACCUGCUCCACGGAGAUGAUGCUGGCAAUGGGAAGCUAGUUUUCGUUACCAUCCACCGGGGGCAUAUGCGCCUGCUUCUUCCACAACAGCCCCAGCAGCUGUUGGAUCACCUGAGGACUGCAGACAAGGUCACCAGGGAACUUCAAGUUGAACAUUGGAGGGUGAUCUUGGACCAGAGCAAAGUGGAGGAUCAGAUGGUUCCAGCCAAGUCCCCCGCCUGCACAAGAUGCCAGCAACAGCAGCAAAGGCUUUAUCGUGUUGGUGAAGGAUUCCCGUUGCCACCGGCUUCAUUUGAGUCCUGCUUGCAGGAUGAUCCACAGGCUCUUCAAAACAGCGGUGUGCCUCUGCGAAAAAGGCUCGCCUUCGCCUAUGGGCCAAUUGGUCAAGAGGUGUACGCUGGAUGGGCAGGAUGGACCAAGGGGCUUCAGUACCAGGGGAUCCCGUGCGGAGAACCCAUUGAAUACUAUGAGGACCCGAUCGAGCAAAAGGGCUUUAAGCCGCAGCAUGAUACCCGUGACCCGAAGGUCCGAGAACGAUUGCCGGGAUUAGCUGGUGCUCCACCAGGGCCCGAUGUCCCCAACACUUGGCAGCUUGGAGUCGUUUGUACUUCCUUCUGCGACCACCAGCUGAAGAACGGUGGCAGCAGGACCUGGCAACGCCCACAAGGCGACGGCACUCGUCCCUCUGAAGUUCAAGGAAAUGAAGACGCAGAGUUCGCAGCCGAACUUUGUACGGUUCUGGCGGACAGCGGAAGAGUCUUCGCAUUGGAGAGUAGCGCGCCGUCGGGCCGCUACCCCAAGAUAUGGGACCUGCCUUGUAUGCAGAGGAGUCGGCCCGACUCACCAGCACGCACCCUUGAAGGGACCCAGUCCAAUUCUCAAGUACCUCUCACUCGACUGGCACAGCAAUACGCACCAGCUUUGUGUGCAGCCUGGGGUCUGGUAGUCCGAGCAGCCUUUGAAGAAUGGAGCUGGACAACAUAUCUGCAAGAGCACAGCGUGCUCAAAGCCCUAGAGAAAUGUUGGACCGAACUGGACGCACCCCCUUGGCCGGCUGAUCCAGCCAAUACGUUGGAGCGAACCCUUGGCCAACAUUUGGCACCGGUGGUUGCUGGCCAAGCGGAUGGACCAGGCCUCCCACAUAGCUACACCUGUUCAGGAUGCGAACUCCAACAGAUGGUCUACCCUUGUACGUUUUGUGGGGGGGAGGGGUCUGUUUCCGAUCCCGAAAAGCAAGCUGAGGGGCAGGGCACAAGGGCAGGCAGCGUCGACGACGCCAAUGGCCAAAGCACUGCUGAGAAAUACUUGGAGGUAUGCCAGAGUGCUUACAGCAAGGAGGCAGUGAGAAAAGCCACAGAGGCAGGAAAUGCGUUGUUGAGGGCCGCCGGCUCGGUGCCAAGAGCAGCUGAAUUAGUCAACAAAGCGAGGCUGAGGAAGUAUGGGGAACACUUCCAGAAGGCAAAGGAAGGAGCAUUGAAAGGGCUCAGCCCCCUACACGAGCAACACUUGAAAGACUGUGUGCUCAAGGGCGUGCCCAGCCGAGCUAAGAGUACCCCCAAGAGAGAGAAGGACCAAGAAGAAAAUCGGCAAAUCGACCAGAUACUGACCGAGAGCAAGGUGGCCGAGAGCCCUCUCGGCCGAGCACAGAGCAGUGGUCAGGCAAAGCCUUUGGUGGAGGGUGCGACACCCGAAGGUUCCACAGAGGUGUGCGAAACGCGAUGUGCCAAGGGCUUUCAAGUGGCACUUCCUCAAGCCGGGAGCGCCAGGGAGUUCGUGAUAUGGGCCACCGCAGCCCAAAAGCACCACGGGUCGUUCCGACCAUGCCAUCCUCAAUUCAACGAUGUGGUUCCCUACACCAGCCGAUGGCUGAUGGAUGACGGCGUGGUGGUAGAGCCACUAGUGGGGAAUAGGAUCCAGAGAUCCCUGUCAGCAAUGGAUGCAGCUAUGGUAUCAAUCUGGGGCCCUGGAGCCAUUAAUCUCGACAAGCUCGCCGAAGAAGGCACCCCGGCAAAAUCCCAGCUCCUGUGGGGCCUCCACCUAGACUUUGAAGAACAGGUUGUGGUCCUCCCGGAACCGAAGCGAAUAAAGGCGAAGUAUUUCCUAAGAGAGCCUCAGCUUCAAAGGGGGUGCCAACGAGUUCGUACCAAGCUGCUCCGAGAACUGGCAGGGACAGCGCAGUAUUGGGCCGUCUCCGCUCCGGAGAUUGCACCCUAUCUACCAGUCUUUUACAGGCUCCUGCAGCAGGAAGUAGGCGAUCAUGAAUGGGUGAAACCCAGGGGCUCCGAGAGUGAGCUAGAGGCUGCCUGGGCUGAGUUCUGGGAUGCGCUCGAUUGGGUUCGCCUCCAGAUGGAAAAGCCUUGGGGAACCAGUUUCAGAGCAGCUUUCGGCAAGCUCCUGCCGUUAAGGGAAAGGCUCGCACUCCCUGGCAUGGCCGCUUCGGCCCGAUUCGUUGGAGGAGAUGCCACGCUAACCAGGCUCGGAAGCACUGAUUGGAAGGAUAGAUGCUACCACAUGGCGGACAGCAGCAGAUACGUCAGGGCCGUGAGCGAAGUCGUAGGGGGCGGAGAUCACUUGGAGAUCAUCGGAGUGAUGGAGCUUCUGACGUUCAUUGUCCUGGCAGCGGCGCGGAAGGAAACCUGGCAGGGGCAACUGGCGCUCUUGCUGCUGCUCCAGCGGCUCGAAGCGGAGAAUAGCUUCACUGUCGAUGGAGCGUACGUCCGUACCUACCACAAUACUCUCAACGACUGGCUGACAAGGGAGGAUGAAGACAAGGUCCAUGCGGAAAUGGAAAGCAGUGGCUGGACCCGCCUCGAGCUCAAUGAGGACUGGGAAGGACUCCUGCGAGAAGCCAUGCGCCCCGCGUUGAAGCUACCAGGGGAGAAGGGCCCGAGUGCAGCUUUAGCCAUUCAGCUGGCCAACGAACAGCAAACCGUGCAUGCCUUCCCCGCCAAGAUCGAACCAAAGCCAUUCAAAGGGAGACUCCACCAAAUCCGGCUAGGGUCGGAACUACUGACGUUCGAGCUGGGGUGGGUCAAGGGCGGAGGAUCGAUCGCAAGCCAGGCGCAAGCUGACUGGAUCGUCUGUGUUCUCACUCAAGACCCAAAAGGGCGGGAGGCAGACAUCCUUCUAAAAACCCUCGCCAGAACUGAUUGGAGAGGACGACUUAUCGUUGACCAGCCCAGGGAGCUCUCUGAAACCAGCGGAAAUCGCCUGAUGCAGCUUCAGGUUCAAUGGGGUCAGGCACAAGUGGUCGACUAUCAGACUUCACACCACGGCAGCUUCUUUGCCAGGGCCAGAAGACUUUGGCUUUUUGGAGGAACGGCCGACGAAAAGGAGAGAGUUCAAGCAUGGCGAGUUGCACAAGUCAACGAGUGUCAGAUGUUACCUCUGCGAUCCGCAGAGGAGUCAGGUAAGGGAUUAUGCCCGCCCGACUACCUUUUCACGAGAGAACCAAACCUCAUCACCACCGGAGACAAGUGGCUUCCAAAACCAGUCAGCCACUUGGUUGACGUGCGCGCCGGCAGCAGGCACCUGGUCCAUAGCACACGGGGCCCAGCUUGCGGACCUAGGCUCACAGGUGAGCGUCUCAAGAUCCCAGGAGGCACCCUGUUGGAAGAUGGGACGGGUCUGGUCCGUCCUCUCCUCCCAGAAGAGGUGUGGGAAAUGCAAGGGGGCCUCGCAGAGGAUUGGCGUUCCGCCGACUCGAAGAAAAAGGAUCGCAUGAUAGCAGCUGCAGUCCGGGAGCCAGGCUGGCAAGUGGCUAUGAGUCUCAUGCAGGCUCUGACUGGAACCGAUGGGAAGGCAGGAGUCCUGGACCCCGAUGAGAUCCAAGCCCACGAGCAACUAGAGGUCUGGCUGCGAGCGUGGGGGAGGAACCCGAAGGCUCCCUCUUCCGAGCUUUUCCUUACUUCGUGGAAAGAGCCACGUGUGGCAGUGGCACCCACUCAUGAGUUCGUGGGAGCGACAACCCAGGCGAAAGCAGGCGGAGGCAAACGCACCACCGUGAAGCCAGCACUCAGUGAAGUGGAGAGGCUGGUCCAGCCCGCAUCCAAAAGAGGCGGGACUACUGGGACCCCCCGCCCCCGAGGAGGGAGCACAGCAGAGCUUGACCAGGUAGCCAUGGAAGCUGUCUUGGCCAAACUGGCUGAUUCAACUCGCAGGGUCUAUGCAUCAGGCUGGAAGCUAUGGGCGUUGUACAAUGCCAGCUCGGGCACUCACCCGUUCCUUGACGGAGAAGAGCGCUCCGCUCGGACUGAAGACGAGCAGAGGUUGAUUCGGUUUGUAGUAUUUCUACAUCAAGUCAUGGGAAGGUCCAUAGGUGGGGUCAGACAAAGGUUGUCAGCCAUUCGUUAUGCACAUGUUGCGGCAGGAUACCCUGAUCCACUGGUCGGGCGACCUCGGUUGUGGGCAGCGGUUGCGGGUCUACAACGUUGGGAAGGCGCCCCAAAACGAAAGCUCCCUGUUACCCCCAACAUGUUGCGAUGGUUGGUCCAGCACUUGAAAAGUAGCGGUUUAUCAGUUGUCGAUCCAACCAUGAUCAAAGGAGCCCUUCUUACAGGUUGGUUUUUCAUGAUGCGGGCCAGUGAACUCUUGCCCAGUAUCAAUGGAGAAGACCCCAUGAAUAGGGCGCUCCGCCCAGCUGAUGUUGCUUUCUUUUCGCAUGGGCAGCCUACCAUAGGCGCCAAGGCCGAUGAAGUCGUAGUGCAGAUUAGAUCUUCAAAAACCGAUCAGUAUGGUAGGGGCCAAACACGGUCACACCACCGCUCCGGUGGAGAUCUCUGCCCUGUUGAAGCCUUAGCCGCGCUACAGGUCCCACAGCCCCAUCGGUGGCGCAGCCCUGAAGACGAGGCGCCUUUGUUCCGCUAUGAAGACGGGACGGGGCUUGACAGAGAGGGCAUCACCCAUUUCAUCAAGAUAGCUGCAUUGGCCGCCGGGUUUCCUGGCGAACUCGCUGGUUCACACUCACUACGUAAGGGGGGAGCCACUGCAUUUUUCGCAAGUACUGGGGACUUAGAAAGGCUUAAGAGGUACGGUGGUUGGUCAUCCGAUGCUGUUCAUGCUUACCUUUAUGAAGAUCAUACCGCUCAGAAAGGGAUUUCAGAAGGGAUGUUGGGUACCAGCCUCAUUACACUCCCCAGCCGAAAAGACCCCGGGGUCCGUAGGCAUCCAGCGGUUGUUCCAACUGAACCCCAAGAGUCCUAUCCUGGUUUAUUGGGGGUCCCUCAAGAUGAGUUAUUCCAUAACAGUCAUGGAGGAUCAAACCCUUUUAGCAGCCCAGUUGCCACGAAGCGAACAUCCAGAGCUCCUCGAGGCUCAAACACCAAUCGUGCAUUUUCGUGGGCACCAGAUCGUAAGGUAUCGUUUGCAGUGAAGGCUGGUGCUAUGGAUGCUACUGAUGAAAGUGCCGAUGGGGGACGAAAGCCAGCAGCUCCAGAUCGAGCCAAUGCAGCGAACCUCUUUGUAGCAGCUCACCCAGGACUAGAUCUUUAUCAAUUCCUGGGUGUUCCACCCGGUGCGACUCCAGCUCAGGUGCUCACCGCAUAUCGUCGCAGGUCCCGUGAGACUCAUCCAGACCGCUUUGCAACUGCUGGGGAAGAUGUCCAGAAAGCCAAAGGAGAGGAGUUUAAGAUGUUGGGAAUGGUCCGAGAGAUCCUCUUGGAUCCACUGAUGGCCACUCAAUACAUGAGGUGGAGACAAGAGCAAAUUGCUGCAAAGCAUGGGCGAGGCCGUUCCCCAGUUGUUCCAGCUGGUGUCUAUGCCAAGCAAGCUUCAUCAUUCCAACAAGCCAGAUCAAGUUUUGAUCGGUCCUCCACUCCUGCUGGCGCAGGAGCCAGCAGCUCGGGAGGAGCAGGCCGGGAGGUGCCUCGUAAACCGCCCCCCCCUUCACAGGGAUAUCCUGGAGGAGGAGCGCAAGGAGGACCGCCCCCAGCCAAAGCCCCUCCUGCUCCAGCAGGGACCGCGCAAAAGCCAAGGAAACCUCCACCGCCCGCGAAUCCGCCUACUCCGAGCUCAAGUGCGAAGCCAAGGAAAGCACCGCCACCAAGAAAUGAUGAUGGGAGGCCCAGAGGACCUACCACCCCACCAAUGCAAAAAAUGGCACCCACGCAAGCUAUUCCAAAGGGAGCACCGCCAACACCGGCCAAGCAUUUCCCCAGGGCGACCCAACCAUACACUGGAGGGGGCAUGGUGGACGAUUUGCGAGUUCCUCGCAUCGCACUGGCAGAUGCAGGGGUGAAACGAUCAGACGCUCCGUCUGAGUCUUGGUGGUCAGAGACGUCAUCCAGAUACAGGGCCCCUUCGAGCUGGUUGGAGCCCGGGUCUGAGCCUUGGGUCGAAGAUGACCUUCCACCGGAGAGCACCGUCCCAGACAACGAGGAUGACUAUGUGUAUGUUGAGGUGGAAGCUGAAGACGAUGACAUGGACAUCCUCCAAGACCACCAAUUCGAUGAAGAAGAUUGGGACGAGCCGGCAUGGGAAGAGCUCCCUGAGGAGGGGACCGGGUCUGAGCAAGUCUUCCAAACCUUCGAUCAAGCCGUGAUGCAAGGACUGCUCCAGUUCAUGGAUUUCGUGAACAGAGGACGGGCCAAGAUGCUGAUUGAAGGUGCUCCACCUAUGACUUCUGUCCCAAAAGAGGUCCGGGAGGCAUGUUUGGGAGACCAUCCGGGGCUUCUAAAAAUGCAUCCCAGCGCAAAAGCAUGGCUAAUGGCAGGGACGAAAGGUGUCGAAUUCAAGAAGCCACCACCUCCUAAGCCUCCCAUGCUUUCGGCUCCCCCAAAGGUGGCUCCGCCGCCACUUCCAAAGCCAGCUCAUCCAGAACAGGUACCUGAGCCAAAGGAGCCGCCGAAAGCCCUAGCCCCCAAACCAGUUCCUCCAGUGCUGAUGCAGAAGACACCAGCACCAAAGAAGCCCCCUCCGCCACUGCCAGCAGCCAACUAUGCCAUGCCGGCAAGAGCUAUGGGACUCGGUUCAGGCGCAACAGCAUCAUCUUCUGAGGGCGCUCCGCCCACUGAGGUGAACCACUUUGGGUUUGACGAGUCUGAAGUCGACUAUGGUGAUGACGAUGAUCGAACCCCUGAGGAGAAGGCAGAAGAUGAGGAGCUGCUCGAGAAGACCAAGACGAAAGUGGAAGCUUUCCUGCGAGCACCCCCAGAGAUGAGGAAGACGCUUCGCUCCCAAGCAUGGAAGCAGUGCAAGAGCAAACUGGAGGAGCUCAACUUUGAGUUCAGCACUCGUCCACUGCCCGAAAUGCACCCAGGCAAAUUCGAGAAGGAUCUCAAGGAUGGCUUCACCUAUGCGGAGGCCAAACAACGCCAAAAGGGCCGGCAACGGGCCGCCCGACAUCAGCGAGCCUUGGCUGAAAUGGAGGGUGCCUCCUUUGAGGAUUUCCCGAAAUCCUGGUCACAUGGGUAUUCCAAGCAAGUCCUGAAGCCGGGUUUCCUCGAAGAGAAGAACAAGGAGCGGGCCCGCCGAAAAGCUACAAAGGCCAACUAUCGAUCCGAUAGAUCACGCAGCACUCCACCACCUCGCCAGUCAGCUGCUCCAGCUCCUGCAUCCAACCAGGCUGAAGCUGAAAGCACGGCCAACUGGGAAGCAGGAAGUCAAUGGCACGACUGGCAAGCGAGACGCAGCAGUGAGUGGCAACGGCAUCAACCAGAUGUCACACAACGGAGAGAUGCAAAUGCCGCAGACGAUGACGACUGGGGCAACUGGACCAGAGAUGGGCAACGAGGCAGCAACCAAGAUGGCUGGUCCAGCUAUGACUAUGGAAACCAUCAGGAUCGACAGUGGAACCAGUGA